UACUCAGGUGCCUCACUUCUCACGUAAGUCGUGUUAUCUUCGCGAUCUGCCAGCCAAGUGAUGUUGUAUACUCAUUAUUAGCCAGCGCCUCCCAGUUCCGGAACAUUUCCGCCGCCUCCUCAAGCCUCCCCAAGAUUUCCUCCUCAAGCUUCAUCGGGAUAUCCGCAAGCCUCUCCAGGAUUUCCUCCUCCAAACUUUAGUUAUCCACCGCCGCCGACGCAUGCAUCUCCGUUGAACGGUGCAUAUCCCCCUCCACCACCAUCUGUGAGUCCGCCAUCCACCGAGAUUACUGCACAUGCAUCGAAUGAUGCAUCGUACUCAACAACAUCGAUUUCCCCACCGCCUAGAUCGCCAUCCAUCAGUAUGAAAAUGCAGCAAAUGCCUGGCGGUGCACCGCCGUUUGGACAAUUCACAGGUGCCGUAUCUACUGCACAAGACGACGUGGGAACUUUCAAUGGUGGAAGCUAUAGGAUUAGCCAUCGGGAUAGUAACUCCCUCCUAACCUUGCAAUUGGCGGCUGGAUGUCCAAUAUCGGCAAAACCAGGAGCCAUGAUUGCGAUGUCCCCGACGAUAACGCUCAAAGGUAGUGUUAAUUUGGGCGUACUAAAACUACUCGCGGGUUUCAGUUUAACCGUAUCUGAAUAUACCGGACCUGGAGAACUGCUUCUUGCCCCAUCUACACUCGGCGACAUCACUGUGCUUCGUUUCAGCGGCUCUGAAGAAUGGAGAAUUGGGAAGCAUUCUUUCCUAGCGGCAACUUCUGCCAUCAAGAAAGAUCAUGAAUCUCAGGAUCUCUCCAAGGGUAUGUUCUCUGGUGUGGGUUUCUUCAUAUACAAAAUUUCUGGGGUUGGUCUUGUCUGGUUACAGAGUUUCGGUGCGAUUAUCAAGAAAGAUCUUGUCGAGGGAGAGUCCUAUUAUAUCGACAACGGUCAUGUCGUGGCUUGGAACUGCAAGUUUAAGAUGGAGCGCGUCGCUUCUGGUGGUAUUAUCUCGGCCGUUAGUUCGAAAGAAGGUCUUGCUUGCAGAUUUAUUGGUCCCGGGUCCGUUUACAUACAGACAAGAAACAUGAAAGUCUUCGCUGCGCAGUUACAAGCAUACAGUGGUUGAUCUCGAGGAUGAACAUUGUUCUUCCGCAACCGGGAGAAGAAGAAAAAAAGUGUGGAAGGAAUUAUUGCAACUGAUAUUUUUAGGAGGGGCGCUGGAUAUUACUUUUUUUUUUCGCGGAAAUCUACUUUCUCUUCAUGCCUUUCAUAUCCUAUAUGACUCUUUAUGAUUCGUGACGAUAUCUUUUUGUAUUUCGAGAACUAUCUGUUUUACCACUUUCUAUAUACCCGUCUAUAUAUGACACUCUCAUUCAGAAAACCAGCUUCGGUAUUUAUUAUCCUUGCGUUCUAGUAAAAGAUUGAUAUCCAACAUUGCGAGUCAUAGAACUAGGGACUCUCCAAUAGUAUUGACAGGAACUGGACACGAGUCGAUUUCAGCUGAGACACUUCAGAACUUCGAACAAGCUCUCAACAAUCACUAAGAAAACAAAG